AUGGGUGGACUCAACUUAUUACUUGUUCUAGUACUAUACUUCGUCCUAAUAUCUACCGUGGCUAGUCAUGGUUAUGUGAAGUCCUGGGCAUCUGAAGACUUAAAAUUUCAAAAGGCUCAAAAACAACCUCUCAGUGACACCGCUUUCCGGAACGCGCCAUCAAAUAUCGGCUGGAUUGGCAGUCAAUUUAUCAACACGCCUGCAUUCGUUUGUGGAGCCUCAGAAACUCCAAAGGAUAAGGUGGCCCCACCAGGCGGAAUCCUGUUCAGUGCGCCCGAGCAAAGCGCGAAAAAGACUAUGUCGGUCAACGCUGGUAGCAAGGUAUCGUUAAUUAUUGGAGGGAACCAGGGUGAAGGCUUUCCUCACCCCACUGGACAUAUGCUGGCCUAUCUUGGCUAUUGCGGAAAAUCUUCGACGGCUUGUCAGGACUUUGAUGCCUCUAAAACGGAAUAUCACAUGAUACAAGCCGAAGCCGAUGGGAUCUCUAACAAGCUCCGGAAACAGUUUAAUUCUGAACAAGAUGGACAUCGCUGGGAUGUCCCAAUUCCGAAAGACAUUGUGGAUGGAAGCUAUAUUCUGCGGCUGGAAAUGAUCGCAUUUGGCCAAUCAAGUUCUGAAGAGGGCCACCAGGAUCAAUACUACGUAUUUUGUGGACAAAUAGCAGUCAAAGGAGGUACCGGAUCAACUCCUAUCCCGGAAGAUGACCAGCCCACCGUCAGGCUUCCAGGCGCAUACAAAUCUGGAAAUAUCAGCCCGAAAUCACUACCCUCCCCGCUCAAGUUGGUCGCAGACUUGAGUGCCAAAGAGGCUAACAGUUCAAAAACAAAGUUUGAAGCAAAAUCUUUUGAAAAAGAUGAACGCGACGAAAUUUUGUCCACUGGUUCCUCAGCGGAUCCAGACCCGCCAGCAUCGCCACCAGCAUCCUCGGAUAAAACAGAUAAGAUAUCGGCGACAUGUGGUGAUCGAUGUUUCAACAAAAAAUUGACCGAGGUGAAGGAUUUGGCUCCGAGCUGCUCUGUCGAUCAACUCGCAUGUCUUUGCAAAUCUCAGAAAUUUGUGAAGGCCUAUCAAUCUUGUUGCAAUGAUCAUUGUCAGGGCGUUCGAGAAACUCGUGCAGCUGUCAACGACAUAUACGUCAAAUGCGAUUCAGCCUAG